UGCGUCAGGUAUCAAGAGAGAGAAACGCCGGCACAUUACAGCACCUGAAGGACGUGAUUUGCCAUUUCCACCACAAAGCCCUCUCAUUCCCAUGAGCCUCGUCGCAUCAUGAGAUCACGAAACCUAUUUCUACUGGUCUACUUAUUUUGGAGCUGCUUUGCGGCAUCAAGUGCACAAAGAAAUGCAACUUGUACAACAAGAGGAACAUGUGGUCCGAUGCCAGACCCCACCUCUCACUUCCUGCAGUGUGUUGGAUUACCCCCCAAAGAAACUGGGAGAGACCAUAUGCGACGGCUGAAGGGAAUGCUUGAAGCGACGAUGGACGUGUACACCUUCAUGAAGUCCAGUUUGAGGGGAGUGCCACUCCUCAGCCUGCAGGGAGAGCUGGCAUUAAACCCUGAAGCAGAUCCUCUCCAGAACGAGGCCCUGGUCCAGAUGUGGAUAGAAGUGAAGAUAAAACCUCUGCUGAAGUCCAUCAGCAAACACUUCCUGACCUGCCUCAGCACCAAGAACUUCAGCUGCUCCACCUACCAGACUAUGGUGAGGGAGCUCAGCUACUAUUAUUCUGAGAUGAAUCCAGUCCGACAGAAGUGGAUCUACCAAUUCUUCAUGUACCCCUUUCUGUCUGGAGACAGAGUGGCCGGAUGUGUGAGCCACGACGAAAGCAGUGAGGAGUGGCUGAUGAAGAAUUUUGGUGCGUUCAAAGCCAUGGCCAGAAUUAAGGACUUUUCAUCACUCAACAUGGUCUUCAGUGGAUUGGAGGUUCUUCACCUGCUUUCUCCAGUGCAGAAAGCUGAGCUGCUGCUGAGGCCGGAGGUCUCAAGUUUAGAUAACGGCACCCUAAGCCUAGUCUUCCACAGUAUGAUGACAGGAGACCCUAAACCUCCCCCCCCCACCCAAAGCCCUGAAUGGAGCAACAACUGGCCGACCCCCGGAUACCGGAACUAUUCUCCAAACCCCACACAUAACCCGUACCAACCGCCGUCCCCACACAACAGCAUGGGACAGGUUAUAAAUGGCUUCAUGAUGGCUUUCAAACCCAUUGGGAGCUUCGUUCAUGAUUUUGUGUCCUUCACACAAGAGAGGGAAUCAGAAAUAAGGAGCACGACUCUCACCCAGUUCAUGCUCAACUGGACUCUGGCCGAGCUGGCAGACAUUUAUCGCCCAAAAAACACAUCCAUGGUUCCCGAGAUGCCAGAUUUUGACGUGACGAAUGUGGAGGAUUGGUUCCAGUAUGUGGUGAUGCCGGUGUUACAGAGGGUCCUGCCCGAAGACUUGACCGAGCUACCAGACGAAAUCACACUGGCUUUCCACCAAGUGUUCCAUCUGGACAAUGGUAUGUACAAUGAAACCUCUGAGAUCCAGGAUGUCUGCAGCAUCAGGCUCGAUGAGGGACCUUGCGGGCUGACUGAUGCGGUGGAAAAUGUGGCCAAAGUGUUGCACUGUGCGGCUCGCAGUAACCUGACGCUGUCGGAGGAGGAGAUCAUGAGGCUGAUCUUAGAGCUGACCGAACGUCUGAACACGCUGAUCAAAGAGUUAACUACAGUGAACUUCAAGAGUUGGGCGAUGGACUUCCAGCAGAUCUUCAGUGAGGCGGAGUUCCUCCGUCUCUGACCCCGGAAGAACUGGAGACGCCGGCCUCUCAAACUCGUGAGUUUCAAUAGUCAACGAUGGUUUCCUGCGCUGCUGCCCAACGUGCAGCUCAGGCCUCCCCCUGUCCUGCCUCAGCACCAA